UGUUUAUCCAGUUAUUGUAACACUUCAAGUGUUAGUGGACUCUUCCAGUAAUUGAUUCAAUUUUAAUUUCAAUCAAAAUGUUGUUUAACAUUUUUUUUAUCUUUGGCAUGGUGGUUGCUGCUCAUGCCAGUAUUGAGGGGAAUAAGCCUAUUCUUCCACUUGAAGGUGAUCUUGUAUCACUGAUCACUAGAAAAGGUGAAAUAUGCGUGAGGGAAUCAGGUGUCAGUCCAGCAAUUAUGCACAAUCUGUUACCAUGGAGGGUAGAAGAAAGUGAAAUUAAUGGAAAAUUCUUACUGUGCCUCGCUAAAGAAAUGGAAUUCCACGACAAAGAUGGCAAACUUAAAGUAGAGAAGUUCAUUGACCUCUUCUACCAGUCCCUUAAGUCGCAAGAUGUGGAUUCAUACAAAAAAUUGUUGGAACGCUGCAACGAAUUAACUGGCAAAAAUGCCUAUUACACUGUAUACAAAAUAGCAAACUGCUUCCACACAAAUUCCCCAGUGAAAAUGGCGCUCCACGUACUUGUAUACUAAAAUAAACUACACACCAUUUUGCAACAUUUUCUACACAGUUUUUUAUAAACGACUUUAUGUAUUCUUUAAAUAAAAUACUG